GUAUUAUUGACCUGGGCUUACAACACGUAUUCUAUUCCGUACACUCUUUCUCACACACACACAUCACGACCUCACACUCUUUUUUUUCCCCUUCAUCUUCGCAGACUUCUCAAAUUCCAUCACCAUUUGAUUCUCCCAGCACCAUGGUCUACUCAACUACCGUCCAGAGCAAGUUUGCUCACAAGGUCGGCGAGCCUGUACCUGAGUUCAACUCCGACCACCCCGCCCAUCCAGCCCUCAUUCAUUUCCCCAUCGCCUUCAACACGCUCGCCUGGGGUCUCGACAUCCUCUACGCCUUAACGGCCGUUUACGUUAAGCCCGAGUUCCUCACCAGCCGCUUCGGCUCGGCCGCGACCCUGCUCGACAUGACGCGUCUGUCGUACUUCCUCCUGUGCGCCGGCCUCAUCACCACCGUGCCAGCCAUCAUGUCCGGGAACAAGCAGCUGAUCGGCAUGAUCAGCAAGAACGGUGGCCCGUGGGAGAAGGACGUUCAAGGCAAACAAAAGAGCACCAUGGUGCCACGCAUCAAGGCUGGGAUCACACACGCAAUCCUCAACGACAUCGUCUUCGUUGCGAACCUGUACAGCUGGUACCUCCGGAAGGAUAAGGACGCCGCGCCAAACCCGGGCAAGAUCCCCAACCAGACAAACAUGCUCAUUAGCGCCGUCUUGUUGCCACUGUUGAUGAUCGGGGCCAAGAUCGGUGGCACCUUGGUGUACAACCAUGGCGUCGGGUUGCAUCUGGGCAGAAAGAAGUUCGAGUAAGGGAUUUAAUUCGAGAAGUUGGGUUUUUGAGACGGUGGAGGCUUGUUUGGGUGGGUAGGUGGGUGAAGGGUGAAAGAAAGAAGAGGUUUCAAUGGAGUACGGGUGGAAAAGGGGUCGCAGAGAGAGUGCUUCGAGAAGACGGUGAAGGAUAGCAAUGAUAGUGUUCGAGACAGCUUGGGCAAUACCUAUUCAUGGUGCCAGGUGAAAGAGAACUUCAUUGUGUGUGUGCAAAAUGCCACUUCGAUCAUGUAUUUGGUUAAGGAUAUUUUCUGCAAAGUAUGCAAUUCUAAUCAGAUUCAAAAAG